AUGUUGGCCGAGGCGGCUGGCGUCGUCCUGGAGCUCUCCAGGCGCGCCGCUGAGGAAACCGAGCCUGGAGAGGACUCGUCUAAGAAAGAAAUACACUCUUCAUGGGCCCUCUUCAUCCUCAUCGCCCUCCUGAUCGCCGCCUUCUUCGCGAGCUACUUUCUUCAGCAGAGGAAAAUCACGGCCAUCCAUGAGACCGUCGUUUCCAUUUUUGCUGGCAUGGUCGUUGGCCUGUUUCUCCGUGUGCUCGCCGGCGACAGUAUCCAGGAGCUCGUUAGCUUCGACUACCAAAUAUUCUUCAACCUGCUUCUUCCGCCAAUCAUUCUCUCAUCUGGCUACGAGCUUCACCAGGCCAACUUCUUCCGCAACAUCGGCACUAUCCUUACAUUUGCCUUUGCCGGAACCUUUCUGUCCGCCCUGGUUAUUGGGGUGAUCUUGUGGCUGUACACGCGUGUCCCCCUGGAGGGCCUGACAAUGAACUGGAUUGAUGCCAUUUCCGUCGGCGCCACCCUGUCCGCCACAGAUCCCGUCACCAUCCUGGCCAUCUUCAACUCUUACAAGGUGGACCCCAAACUCUACACAAUCAUCUUUGGCGAGUCGAUUCUAAACGAUGCCAUCGCCAUCGUCAUCUUCGAGUCCGCCCAGAAGUCGCGCAAGGGCUCUGGCAGCGCCCCUGGCGUUUCCACGCUCUUUUGGGGUCUCUGGAUAUUCUUGCGCGACUUCUUUGGUAGCCUGAUGAUCGGCGCUCUCGUUGGCAUCCUGACCGCGCUCGGGCUCAAAUACACCUAUGUCCGCCGGUAUCCCAAGAUCGAAAGCUGCCUCAUCGUCCUCAUCGCAUAUGCGACCUAUUAUUUCUCCCAGGCCAUCCACAUGUCGGGCAUCGUCUCGCUCCUCUUCUGUGGCAUAACUCUCAAGCAUUAUGCCUACUUCAACAUGUCGAGGCGGACGCAGCUCACGACAAAGUACCUCUUCCAGGUCACUGCCCAGCUCUCGGAGAACUUCAUCUUUAUAUACCUCGGCCUCUCACUUUUCACCGACAAGAGUCAUCAGUUCCAGCCACUGUUGAUUAUCGUCACCGUCAUGGCCGUGUGCGCAGCCCGCUGGGUCGCCGUAUUCCCACUGUCAUGGGCUAUCAACUGGUUCAUCCGUUACCGCGCCCGCCGUCGCGGUAUUCAAAACGCAGCCGAUGAGCUCCCCUACAGUUACCAGGCUAUGCUCUUCUGGGCUGGCCUGCGCGGCGCUGUCGGUGUGGCCCUGGCAGCCCUGUUGACCGCCAAGGACCACCGCGCGUUCAAGGCCACCGUUCUAGUGGUCGUGGUUCUCACUGUAAUCAUCUUUGGCGGCACCACAGCUCGCAUGCUCGAGAUUCUGGGAAUUCGCACGGGGGUUGUAGAGGAGAUCGAUUCAGACGACGAGUUCGACAUCGAGGCCGUUCAUAACAGCGGUGGCGGCCUGUACAAACGCUCCGACAACGCCAUCGGUUUCAAUCCACGUAACCGCUCGAGCGGGGUUCCUUUGGACCGUGUCGAUCCACGCCAGAAUGGAAAGCGAGGCGACGACGGCGGCGGCGGCGGCGGCGGCGGGCGGGAUGAUAACCAAGGUGGCUGGGCUUCAGGCCACCGCUCGCCCCUCACCAUGACACGACCAACGAGCCUUAGUCGCACAGGGUCUGGACGCGAAGACAAUGAAAGGGCAGACCUCCUCGGGGCUGGGAGCGGGGCGACAGACUCUGAUGUUGGGAGUGACAUUGAUACAUCAGACCUUCCGCCCCCGGCGCCGAGACGGAGAUCCAGCCCUAUGCCUAGCGCGGGGGAGGCCAGUAGCUCAGCCGAGGGUAGCCGGAGUCGGGCAAACACCGAGACCGGCGGCCAUCUAUCGGCCACCGCAGCUAUCCGCCAGCUUUUCAGCACUGAAGAUCCAUCAGCGCUGUUUAGGCAGCUUGAUGAAGACUACAUCAAACCGAAACUACUGCUUGACGGGGGCCCGGGCCGAACAAAUGGACCUGGUGGGCCAAGCUAA